AUGAAACCCUCUGAAGAAAGGACCACUAGAAAUAAAGCUUCUUCAGUUGUGUUUGUUAUCCUGGGGUUUUCUUAUCGUUCAGAUGUGAAAGUCAUCUUCUUCAUCCAAUUUCUAUGUAUUUACAUCUUUACAGUGCUGGGAAACCUAAUGAUUCCUACUAUAAUUAAAGUGGACCCUGUCCUCCACACCCCUAUGUUCUUCCUCAGGAAUUUGUCAUUUCUGGAGAUCUUCUGCACCUCUGUCACCCUGCCCAGAGUGCUGGUCAGUCUUUUCUCAACUGAUGCUUCCAUCACUUUUGCAGGUUGUGCUGCACAGAUGUAUUUCUUUCUAUUAUUUGGGGCAACUGAGUGCUGCCUCUUAGCUGCUAUGUGAUAUGAUCGCUGCCAAGCCAUAUGCAGCCCUCUGCAUUACAUGGAUAUUAUGAAUAAGAAGGUAUGCAUGCAGCUGGCUGCCUCUUCAUGGAUAUGUGGCAACCUUGUGGCCCUUGCUACAUUUAUCUUCUCUUUGCCCUUUUGUGGGUCCAAUGUGAUUAACCAUUUCUUCUGUGAGAUCCAGCUAGCGCUGAUGCUUCUUUGUGGGGACACUUACUGGAAUGAGCUACAGAUCAUUCUUGCUGCUACCUUUACCAUCCUGAUGCCUUUUCUGCUCGUUUUGGUGUCCUAUGGCCUCAUCAUUUCCUCCAUCCUAAAAACUGGAUCUGCCAAAGAAAGGUAUAGAGUAUUCUCCACUUGCUUCUCACAUCUCACUGUAGUGAUACUAUUCUAUGGGACAGCUGUGUUCAUCUAUAUACGUCCCAAAUCUAGCUGUUACCUGGAUGGGGACAAGGUCUCUCUCUUCUAUUCUGUGGUGACACCUAUAUUGAAUCCUAUUAUCUACAGCCUUAGGAACAGAGAGGUGAAAAGAGCUCUCUUUAAAAUAAAAUGA